AUGCUAGAGCGCACGUCGGCAUGUCUCGACACUGGAGUUCGCUUCUCUUUGCGCCAGAAGAGUCUGUUCCCCAAAAGUCGCCGACUGCUACAUUCGUCCUUUUGGUCAACCCACGCUCCUGAUGUCGAUCACCUCUGCCUCACACACAAGGCCGGCUCCUACGCUCCUGCCUCCCCCUGUACCGCUCCUGCUUCUUUAUCCUGUCCCCCAGUCGCUCCUGCUUCGUCGGCCGACUCCCACGAUGCUCCCUUUCUCGACUUUCUCUACCCCGCCCCAACCCAGGCAUUCAUGACCCGCCUGUCUCAAUCUGAAAGAUGGUCUCGCAAAAACACUCGCCCAAAUGUCUUGAGAGGUUAUUCCUCCAUGACCACGCCCAAGGACUCCUCUUCCUCGUCGUCUUCCUCUUCUCGUGCCUACCGCGAGCUUGUCGCCUUGCUGGAGUCGCCCAUUCCCGACCAGUCUUUCCUCGCUCUAGACAUUGAGCGUGUUUGGAAUCUCAUGUCCCAAAUUUCUCACCCUGACACUGAUCUACUUCAUCGGCUCAUCUACUGGUUUGUCGAAAGAGAUAACAGGACCGCCGAUCAACAUGCCCUUGAUCUUUUUGCCGACUUGCCGGACCAGUCUAGAUCCCCCGCCGCCUAUCGACAUGCCAUAAUAUCAAAUUUGAGACUUGGUAAACAGCUUGUUGCUGUCGCCCUGCACAGAGAGGCAUCCGUACUGCCGAAAGCUGGUCCUAUCGCAUCUGACUAUCUGAUGGCUUCGGCCAUCUCACAGUCCGAUUGGCCAUUAGCUGUGUCUGUUCAUAAAGAGUGGGAAAAAUACAACGCCGCCGGCUCUUCCACAUCUACCCCUCUUUGGAACAGAUCCCUGGCAGAUUUGCCUUUUGCUCUUGCUCAGCUGCACAAACUUCGCAAGCUAUGCUCUCUGGAGAUGCGACGAGCGAGAAAAGGGAAAGGUCCCAAACCGACCCAAGACUUCCGACGUCUUUACAGAUUUCUGGUCUAUCACUUCAUCCAAGCUCAAUCUAGACAGCAGAUUUUCUUGAGACCUGGCCAUUCCGCUGACUUGACUCGCGGCUCUGUAAGGCAAUUGAUUGAGAAGACGCAUGAUAAUGGUCUGGCUUCGGCUACGCUGUAUGAGAACAUACUCCUUGCACUGCUCACCUUGAAAGGUUGUGCCUCGAACUACAACUGCAGUGCGAUCAUCACCGCUACUUAUUUGUUAUAUCGAAAGUCUGAAUUCUUUGCCCCCACCGAGAAGCUGCUUCUGUUCGUCACCAGGUUCUGGAGAGACCACAAUCUCAAUUUUGGCGGAAAGGGACCUACGCACAACUUCAUUGGCAAAACGAUCAUUCUAGACGACUGGACAAAACAUCACCAUAGACCCAGCGACAGCGCCUUCGUUUUCAUCAUGGAUACCUUUGCCCAACGUGGUCUUGUUGAAGGUGUCAAAGAACAUGCUGAUCUAUUCAAAUCCUUUUACCUGAAUGAUGAUUUGAAUCCUGACUCGCUCUGGCCUCUUCUCACUGUCCACGCGGUGAACCGCAACCCGGGGCUUGCUGCGAAACAACUUCGUGCCAUGAAGAAAGAGUACGGGGUAUCGCCGAAUCUCCGGUGUUGGAAUAUCGUUCUGCACGCCUACAUACGGGUGGAUGAUAUUUAUGGAGCUACGGAGACUUUUCGUUCAAUGCUAAAAUCUGGACUCGAGCCUGACGAGUAUUCAUAUGCAACGCUUCUCACCUCUUACGCCAAAAGAGGAGACAUCGACGGGGUGAUCGAGGUUCUGGAUUUUGCGAAGACGCGUGGCGCGAUGAAACCCACGACAUACAUGUUGAACUGCAUGAUUCUUGCAUUGGCUCGCAAUUUUGAAAUAGAUGGAGCCUUGAAGGCACUAGAUCAGACCGUUGAGGCCGUGCAGCAAGACAAGGCAAAUGGUCCUUUGACUCUUUGUUUCAAUACUGUGCUCACUUCCUUUGCAUGGAGACGCGAUCUUAAGGCCACCAUGGCAACCUAUGGUCGUAUGAAGGCAGAAAAUGUGCCACUCGACGAGCAAUCAUAUGGAGCAUUGAUGCUGGUUCUCUGUUUGUUUCGUCAGUCACCCUCAGCACAUAAGAUCCUCAAAACCGUCAUGCCUUCAAGCGGCGUUCGGCCUAUGGCAUUUCACUAUGCCAUCCUUACGCGUGGCUACUUGGGUCAGGGGUUAUAUUCAGAAGCCGUCAAACUUCAGGCCGAGAUGAAAAGAGCACAUGUGCGAGAAACGCCCAGUAGUCGAGCUGUCGCGUCCCAGGCGAACACUCUUUAUCAACUCAGUAUCUCAAGUUAUCCAGCAGACGAAGACGAUUCGCCUAUACCCUUGGAUCUUGCUAUCGAAGACUUCAAGAAAGUGCUGGAUGAUACCCGAGUAUUCCACCAUGGCAUGCAACCCGAAGCAGCUGGGCACGAAACGAUGGCUAUCAGUAAUCUGAUCUACAUUCAUGGAAAACGCAGGUCAUACGAGGCCGUUCAGCAUCUGUUCCAGAUGUUCCAGAAAAAGCUCACAGAGAUCGACAAAGGUCGUGAUCAAGCACCAAUCAUACUUCUGCUGUCGAACCUCAUGUUCGUACACUGCCAAGCUGAAGAGUGGAGUGAGGUUGAUAAAUACUGGGAUCUUGUCAAAUCCCGAGUGGACGAGAUUCGUCUCUCAAAUGCUCCAGCAUCGAGGUUUGCGCAGUCUGUCCACCAUGGUCAGACUGCUCCCGCGCUACGAGAAGAAGAGUCCGCUCUGAUUCCUGUAUCUUAUAGCUUCAUGCUAUCGCAACCGCUCCAGUACUACAUACGCUCUCAAUUUGCGCAAAACUCGAUCAGAAAGCUUGUUCCUCAGAUGACGAAGCUGCUUUCCCAGGGCUUUCGAUUUGCCAACAAGACAUGGAACGAGCUUAUCGUGCGGCUUUGUCAGGCAAAUCCUCCGCGUGCAUUGCUUGCGUACACCCUCGUGGAGAAAUACAUGAUGAAAGACUGGCCCGGCUGGAUUCCUCAAGGACACGGCGCGAUCUCCAAACCUGAGACUGUUUAUCUCAAGAAGCACACUUUCAAAGAAGGACUAGAAUACAUCAAUGCCCGAUACAUCAGCCAGGAAACAGUCAUCCCGCAAUAUCGUACAAUGGUGCAUCUAGCCAGAGCGAUGUUGGAUGUCCGAGGCCUGGUCAGUCGUGGUCUAGGUGAUGAUCACAAUGAGUCUGGAGAAGGCUUGCGCGAGUUGAGAAGACAGGUUGGAACCAUUCCUGAGAUUCGAGAACAGGCUCCCAGAACACUGCACGCUAUCCAGAGCAUGCCCAGGAUUCUGGAUAGGCUUCAAGGAAGUCUACUCCGUGCAGAUUAA